CUGAAGUCCCACACCACGGUCCAUGGCAUCUUUGGCAGGUCGCACAGGUAGCACCACUGGCGCCUGGAGGAGGAAGGGGACGACAUGGCUGGCCGAGCUAACCUGAGCGUGUUCAGCGAACCUGCUAACGUGCUAACACAGACGGGCUCUGGAACGUUACGUAACCACGUGAGGUGAAUUGUGGGUAUUUGAGUUUGCAUACUCGCCGAAGUCAACGGAGGGCCUCGUCGUGGAACUACAGUAAAAACUGGCACGGAAGUGAAAUACUUAAAGGUCACGGUUCAGUUUUUGUCAACACAUGUGCGUCCCACACAAGCCAUGCGUUUGGAGACAGAAACUUUUAAUUUCAGAAAUUUGAUCGUAUUUUAAAAUAAAAAAUGCCGAAAGACAUAUCAUCCUCAUCGAGCGAAGAUGAAGCGGACACCACUGGUGUGGAAUCAGCGGCAAAACCGACAGAAUCAGAUAAGACCACAAGGUACCAGUGUCCUCCUGACUUUGUCUCUUUCUGCCACGAGCCUUGCAGAAGCACUCUAGCACAAAACCUCAAGAAGAACAAGAAUGAGUUAUGGCUCAUUAAAGCGCCUGCCAGCUUUGAUCCCAAAUGCUUCAGUGGCAUCAAGGUGCCCCUCUCUGGUCUCCAGACCCUGAAGGUUCCUACUGCUGCUCCAGCUGGAGCCAAGACUGGUAGCGGGCAGCAGAUCUAUAGCAUCCUGGCAUCCAACCACAGUACCUCAGAACUCCGCCUGCUCACCAGUGACAAGAAGCCGUCAAAUGGCAUAGUUGUUGGUCCUGCUUUUUCAGGCCUGCUUAAUGUGUGCGAGACCUACGGAGACAGCAGCAACAAUCAGGCCCCUCAGGUCAUCCCCGCUGCUCUAGCCCCCUCCAUACCGCCUGGACUCAAACAGCGAUUCCAGCCUUUUGGCAGCAAGACCCCCACUCUGACCUGCGUGGCAGAGAAUGAGUUGGAUGGAGUUGCCUUCGGGCCCUCUUCCACAACUCUCCGACCUCUGGUGGUCAAGCGAUUCGUAGAAGAAGCAGGUCAAGAAGAAGAUGAGGAGGAGGAAGAAGAAGAAGGGAGGAAAAAGAAGAAGAAAAAGAAGGAAAAACGGAUAAAAAAAGAGCGACUAGAGGAAGUGGUGAAUGUGAAAGAGGAACCUGUAGAUGAAUUUCAGGAAGAAGUAAUGAUGGAGCUCCCCUUCCAGGAGGGCGAUUAUUCUGUGGAGAAGAGGAAGAAGAAGAAGAAAAAGAAGGACAGAGAGCGAGAGGAGGUGGAGGAGGGACUGGAGCCCAGUGUCAAAGUCAAGACUGAAGAGGUGCCUGUGAAAUGUGAACCCAUGGACACAUUCUUUGGUGAAGAAGUGGAGGGCUCAGGAAGGAAGAAGAAAAAGAAAAAGAAACUCAGAACUGAUGGUGACUAGUCUGGUGUCAUUUUGUAGUUUUUUUAGUUUUGUUUGUUUCUUUUUGACCAUGUGAGCACAUCAGAGACAGUUUACUGCUUAAUUACUUCAGUGUUGUUGUUGCCAAGACGUUGGCAUGGUGUUGUCAACAAAAGGGCACGUUGUGAAUACAAUGAGUAGUGAGGUGAAUUAUAAAGUGGAUUCUUUGUAGCAUCUUUAAGACAAAUGUUCAUUUCAGUUUGGCCAGAUGGAGACAGAUUAACACACAAUGUGUGCACCUGGAGGCAUCAGCGACUACAAUACUGAUAAGAGUGUACAAGAUAAUGGUGUCAGGAAGCACAACAGGUUUGAGCAAUGACACAGCAUCUCAUUAGAUUUAGCAUUUUUGUUUUUGUUUUUUUGUAAACAGUGUGAGUCCAGUACUGGAGACCUUAUUUGUUUCUCCAGGAAAACAAAUGUCAUGAAGUCCAAAAGCGAUUAAAGGAAAUGAAAAAUGAGAAAAA